UUCUAAAGUGGUUGGAAUUGAUUUUGAGUUUCUCUUGAACAGCCUAUUUUUGGUUGUAAAUAUGCAGCAAAGAUAUAUUCAGUCCAACCCUUUUAUUUUAGCGUACAAUUCGAGAAAUGCAUAAAUUUUAAAUUUAAAUUAAUACAUCAAUCAGCAUAUAGCUCCCAAAGCAUUUUUUUUAAUCCAUUUCAGCCAAAUAAAUGCCGGACGCCUAAGCCAAUUCAAAAUUCGAAACCGAUCCAAAAAUCUUCACUUCUCAUUUCGCCAUGUUCGCGAAGAAGCUUUUCCAGAAAGCCACACAAUAUCAUCAUAAUCAACAUCAACAGCGAAAUGGCAGUGGUUUGACAGCAAUUGACCUGAAUGUUCGUGCUACUGUACAUUAUGGUAUCCCGUCAACAGCAUCAAUUCUUGCAGUAGAUCCCAUCCAGCGCCUAUUGGCCAUUGGAACGUUGGAUGGUAGGGUAAAAGUGAUUGGUGGGGACAAUAUUGAAGGUCUCUUGAUUUCUCCAAAGCAGUUGCCCUAUAAAUAUUUAGAGUUCCUUCAAAACCAGGGUUUUCUUGUCAGCAUCACAAAUGAAAAUGAUAUCCAGGUUUGGAAUCUCAAAAGCAGAUCUGUAGCUUGUGAUUUGCAGUGGAAAUCAAAUAUAACUGCUUUCUCAGUUAUCAAUGGCUCUUCCUUCUUGUAUGUUGGAGAUGAAUAUGGAACAAUCUCAGUUUUGAAGUUCUGUGUUGAGAACAGAGAGCUUCUGCAACUGCCAUAUCAGAUCUUGUGGAGUUCUCUUUCUGAAGCAGCUGGUUUUGCGAAUGCAGAUCAUCAACCAGUUGUUGGAAUUCUCCCCCAACCUUUUACGUCAGGAAAUAGAUUAUUGAUUGCAUAUGAGAGUGGUUUAAUUAUACUAUGGGACGUCGUUGAAGCCCAUGUUAUCAUUGUUAAAGGUGAUAAAGAUCUCCAUUUGAAGGAUGGUGCUGUAAACUUUAAAAAGAACGCAGAUUCCAGCUCUCCUGAUGAUUUAUUGCAGCAUGAAUUUGAGGAGAAAGAGAUAACCACACUUUGCUGGGCAUCCACUGAUGGAUCCAUUCUUGCUGUUGGGUACAUAGAUGGAGAUAUUCUGUUUUGGAAAACAUCAAAAUCAACCUUAAGCAAAGGUCAAGAAGCCGGACCAUUUGAUAAUGUUGUUAAGCUACAGUUGUCUUCUGCUGAAAAAAGGCUUCCUGUCAUUGUCUUAAACUGGUGGGCGAACAGUAAAUCCCGGAAUAGCAGCGAUGGCCAUCUCCUCAUUUAUGGCGGUGAUGAAAUAGGAUCCGAUGAAGUCAUUACAAUUCUUACCCUUGAUUGGUCAUCUGGAAUGGAGACUUUGAAAUGUGUUGGUCGUGUUGACCUCACUUUUAGUGGCUCAUUUGCCGAUACGAUCUUAUUACCAACUACUGGGACAGCAGCAACUGAUGAAAAAGCUGCUUUAUUUGUGUUGAUGAGUCCUGGACAACUAAAACUUUUGGAUUGUUCAAGCUUGUCUGACUUGGUAUCCAAAGAGUUGAAGAAAGUAUCUCUAUCAGCUGAGGAUUUUCCUGUAGAAUUACCGACAGUUGAUCCUUCCAUGACUGUGACAAAGCUUACCCAGUUGCAUUCAGAUGGAAACUUACCCGAGCUUCUUCAAGAGACACCUUUAUUCAAGAAGUUCUGCACAGCAACAUCAUCUGGGGCUAACGGAUGGCCCUUAACUGGAGGGGUGUAUAAUCAUAUUUCUCAAGCUGAGACUAACAGGAUUCAAAGAGUUUAUAUAGCAGGUUACCAGGAUGGAUCUGUAAGGAUGUGGGAUGCCACUCAUCCGGUCUUCUUUCUCCUUUGUGUCUUGGAUAAUGAGGUUAAAGGUGUAAAUACAGUUAUAUCAACCGCUUCAGUUUCAAAAAUAGAUUUCUGCUUCCAGACAUUAAGAUUGGCAGUUGGGGAUGAGUGUGGUCUGGUACGCCUUUAUGAUUUCAAACAUAGCGAUAUGGAGAACUUCCAUUUUAUUACUGAUGCUAAAAGUGAAGGUAAUGUAACUAUUAUUCCAGUAUACAAUGACCUUCUUGUCAUAGACUAAUGGCCCGCCUUAAGAGUAGAAUAUGCUUGACAUUGGGUUACAAAAUUCCUUAUCCGGACAACUGAAUUUCAACAAGAUCUCAUGGCUUAUAUCUACAGCAAUAUUUGGAGGUUUUCUGUGAAAUGGAUGGAAAAAGUUUUACCUCUGUCAGAAAUAGACAAUGUUAUAAGAUCGAACAGUUGAAUUCUUUAAUAUCAGGUAGUUGCAUUCAACUUUUGGGGUGGAAUUUUGAACUUAAUCUUAAUUUCCUAACUGAAACUUAUAGACUUUUGGCUGAACUUGGGAUUGGAACUUUGGCCAAAUAUUUAAGUCUAGCAUUUGAUUAACAGCUUAGCUUUGAAAUUGGUCCUCCAAAUGCAGCUGGAUGAGAUAGUGAAGAUUACAUAAGAACUUUUAUCAAAAGAUCUCUUGUUGAAUAGCUGCUGCAAGAUUCAUGUCCGAUUCCAUUGAAGUAAGUUUUUCCUGGAUGAAUGUUUUCGGCCUCGUCUUGUAUAUUUGUACCAGCCUUAGUGAAUACAUAUUUGUAUAAUUGUAGCACAGGUUUCAUUAUUUGUUAGUCAACAAUGUUGAUUCUACCGGGUCUUGUGGGGGUCUCGUCUUGUGGGGGUCUCGUGGACUUUCUCCCCUGUAAAACCAAUGAAGCAAGUUGAGACAGCGCAACACAUUCUUAAACAGCCACUGUUAAUUUACAGCAUGUAUAUAGUGUAGUAUUGUCCCACAUUGGUAGAGGAGU